UAUUUGUAGUUUCCUUCAGUUGAUGGAAACACUGAGGUGCUGUGUGUACCGUGUACGGGAGAAGUUGUCUGAACAGAGCGCACAAGGUGUCGCUUCAUAUAGCGGAACGGAGGCUGGGCUGUUUCACUCAAGGCGUUCUUGUUCGGAGGUGGAGGACAAGAGAGACAGAGAGAGAGAGAGAGAGAGAGAGUGAGAGGGGAAAGAGGGAGGAUUAUGCUAUCAGCUGAACGGAUAUAAAAAAAUAAGUCAAGUGUGAUUUUCGGUUGAUAAACAUUUGGCAUUCUGCAGCAAGCAGCAAGAAAGUAGAAUUAACGAACAGAGCAAUACACACUCGUUUUCACGGCGGGGAUUGUCCAGCCGUGUGGGUCGGCUACCACGGAUUUAUUUCUUACCAAACAUUUUAAAAAGGAUUUAUUACAAAUGACUGCGAUGUGGAGAGUACUGGUUGUGUUUUGCACUUUAUCGGUGCUGUCCCUGUCAUACGGAGGAGAUAUCAAAGCGAAAAGCUGCAGUGAUGUUAGACAAGCAUAUACCGCCAAAGGAUUCAGUCUUGUCAAUGUACCUCAUCAAGAAAUGUCCGGUGAGCACCUGCGUGUUUGUCCUCAGGGUUACACGUGCUGUACAUCAGACAUGGAGGACAAGCUGGGCCAGCAGAGCAAGCUGGAGUUUGAGAACCUGGUGGAGGAGACCAGUCACACCCUGAGGACCACCUUUGUCUCCAGACAUAAAAAGUUUGACGAGUUUUUCCUGGAGCUCCUAGACAACAGUGAGAAGUCCCUGAACGACAUGUUCACCAGGACCUACGGUAAGCUCUACAUGCAGAACAGCGAGGUGUUCCUGGAUCUGUUCACGGAGCUGAAGCGCUACUACACUGGAGGGAACGUCAACCUGGACGAGAUGCUGAACGACUUCUGGUCGCGGCUCCUGGAGAGGAUGUUCCAGCUGUUGAACUCUCAGUACCACUUCACGGACGACUACCUGGAGUGCAUCAGUAAAUACACCGACCAGCUGAAGCCCUUCGGCGACGUGCCGAGGAAACUGAAGGCUCAGGUUACGAGGGCGUUCAUCGCUGCCAGGACCUUCGUCCAGGGACUCAUGGUGGGACGGGAGGUGGCCAACAGAGUGGCUAAGGUGAACGUGGCCCCAGCAUGCAUCAGGGCCUUAACUAAGAUGCUCUACUGCCCCUACUGCCGCGGCCUCCCGGGCCUGAAGCCCUGUCAGAACUACUGCCAGAACGUGAUGAGAGGCUGCCUGGCUAACCAAGCUGACCUCGACCCGGAAUGGAACCUCUUCAUAGAUGCCAUGUUGCUGGUAGCUGACCGACUGCAGGGACCUUUCAACAUCGAAGCCGUCAUGGAUCCAAUAGAUGUCAAAAUCUCUGAAGCCAUCAUGACCAUGCAGGACAACAGCAUGACAGUUUCUGCUAAGGUGUUCCAGGGGUGUGGUCAGCCCAAGCCCUCUGGGAUGGGCAGUAGCAGCAGGGGAAGUCGCUCGGCGAGGGGCAUCUCUGAUGUGUUCAACGCCCGGUUCAGACCCUACAGCCCGGAGGAACGACCAACUACCGCCGCUGGAACUUCCCUGGACAGACUGAGGAUAGUGUGGAGGACAAUGCAACACAGUGUGGUGGACAUCAAGGAGAAGCUAAAACAGUCUAAGAAGUUCUGGUCCAAGCUGCCUGAUGAGAUCUGCGUUAAAGACAAGAUGACAGAGUCAGAUGAGGAGCAGUGCUGGAACAGCCAUGCCAAGGCCAGGUAUUUUCCAGAAGUGGUGAAGGAUGGUCUGACCAACCAGCUCAACAACCCUGAGGUAGAGGUGGACAUCACUAGACCGGACACUCUGAUUCGUCAACAGAUCAUGACACUCAGAGUCAUGACCAACAAGCUAAAAAAUGCCUACAACGGGAACGACAUAUACUUCCAGGACUCCAGUGACGAGGGGAGUGGGAGCGCCAGUGGGAAUGGCUGCACAGACGGCUGCACCACAGAGUUUGUGUUUGUGGGUUCGGAGGCCCCUGUGCUUGGGGACCGGAGCGACGAGCGUUCUUCCGCUGCCGCCGGCGGUGCCUCAUCCUCCCCCGGACCCUCCCCCUUCCUCACCCUCACCGUCCUGCUGGCAUCCCUCUCCUGGUCCCGGAGAUAAUCCCAGCCGGGACGGGACAUUUCUCUGACUACGGCACCAAUCGGACGGACGGACGGACGGACAGACAGCCGGUUGUCACGCGGUUGUUAGUGUUCUCUAAACAGAUCUGGAACAGGACUUGUAGAACCCUUUGGAACCCCACCUUGAAGAGUUAUGGUAGCGUUGGUUACCGUUGUAGAUAACUGUAACGGCCUGCGGGGGGGUUGUGCGUCGCAGCGCUGCGUUCUGCUUUCUCCCCAAAGAUCUCCCUGCUCCAUCUGUACUGGACCAGACCUGGAACAGUCGGAGACACUCACCUCUGCAUAUCUCAACCAACCGCUUCUCUCCUCAUAACUCUGAACAGUGUGAGCAACAUGCCUUUUCAGUCCCAGAGGAAAGGAAUGAGAACACAAGAUAAAUGAAGAUGAAUUUAAAAAUACAUGAGAUUCUAUUUUUUCCUUUCUUUUAUACAGCAGAUAAUUAUGAAAUUUGAAAACUGAAAGAGAGCACGCUAAGGAAUGUCUGUUUAUAUCAUAUAUGACAAAAAGAGAGAGAAUAUAGAUAUGAAGAGAAACACAUAGGAAGAGAGAAAGAUAGGAAGAGAGAAACAGGAUGUUCCACUGUGUUUUUGUUCAUACAACAGUCAGAAAUACAGGAUCAUGCUUCUCAUUUAUUGUUUUAACCAGUCUAGCUAUACAGCAAAUCACCCGUCUAAAACAUCGUUUCCCUGCUUUGGAGUUAAUUGAUGUUGUCACACUUCCUGGCACAGAACACUGGUGUCCCAAAUAACAGCUUCUUCUGUAUUUAGUGCACUACAUUUCAUCAGUACUAUAUGGGACUCAGUCGAAGUGAGUGCACAAAAUAAAGAGUAGAGUGUCAGUUGGAAAGCAGCCUCCCACAGUCGCGCUCUUCUCGUUUAAUUGCACACUUGAUAAAGUUUAAUGAAGUACCCCAUGUCUUAUGAGGAGACAUCACUGAGCACAGAUUUAACAUGCGUUGGGAUGCAGCUGUUCAAGAACGAACGGCAGGAAACAUUUUCUGAGGAGAGAAUCUAUUUAUAUGUUCUUAUCAUGUAAUGUGUUUUAUCUUUAACCAAUUAUCUAUAUGAUGAAAGAUUACUAUAUCACAGCUUUGGCUAAUGCCUUCGUCCUGUCCCUUUAAAUACAGACAUUAAUUUAUUUUUA